CCUGCCAUUCAUUCAUUCCGUUUUCUCCUCCUCCUCCUCUCUCUCUCUACUCAACGGCCGCCGCCGCCCGGCCAUGGCAAACCGGCGCGCCUCACCAGUAUCACCUCCCUCCUCCACCGCCACUAAAACCACCAACGGAAUCAUUCUAGGCAAAUACAAACUAGGCCGCCUCCUCGGCAAAGGCAGCUUCGCCAAAGUCUACCACGCCCACCCCCUCACUCCGACCGCUACACCAGUAAACCGAGUCGAACCAAAUCGAGUCUUAUGUUCUAAUCAAUUGGGAUCGGCUGCCACCACUCCAUCACCAGCAUCAGUAGCCAUCAAAGUCAUCGAAAAGCCGAAAACCCCCGAGCUCGCGUCCGCCAUGGAACCCCGCAUCCUCCACGAAAUCAACGCCAUGCAGCGCCUUAAACCCCACCCCAACAUCCUCAAGAUCCACGAGGUCAUGGCAACGAAAUCUCGCAUCUACCUCGUCAUGGACCUCGCCCCGUGCGGCGACCUCCAGACCAAGCUCUCGAGGCGCGGCCGCUUCACAGAGUCCACCGCCCGCCGCUACUUCGAGCAGCUCAUCUCCGCCCUCCACUUCUGCCACCAGAACGGCGUCGCCCACCGCGACAUCAAGCCCCAGAACCUCCUCCUCGACCACCAGGAGAAAACCCUCAAAAUCUCCGACUUCGGACUCUCCGCCCUCCCCGACCUCCACCGCACCUCCAGCCAGAUCCUCCUCCGCACCGCCUGCGGCACCCCCGCCUACGCCGCGCCGGAGGUCUUCCGGCGAGGUGGCGUGGACGGGUACGACGGCGCCAAGGCCGACGCCUGGUCAUGCGGAGUCAUUUUAUUCCUUUUCCUCUCCGGUUACCUCCCCUUCGACGACUCGAACCUCGCAACCAUGUAUAAAAAAAUCUGCCGGCGAGAAUAUCAAUUUCCCAACUGGGUUUCGGGUCGGGUGAGGUCUAUAAUCUCCCAGUUGCUCGACCCGAACCCGGAUACCCGGAUGAGCGUCGAAGCGUUGAUGGGUCAUGUUUGGUUUAGGAAAUCGAUGUCAUUGCCUGCCCAUUUCAAGAUAGGGCCGGUUGGGGGGUCUAAGGUUGGAAAGACAACGUCCAUGAAUGCGUUUGAUAUUAUUUCGAUGUCGUCCGGGCUGAAUUUGUCCGGGUUGUUUGAAAAGACGUGCUGCGGGGAGAGAGAGAGGAGGUUUACAGCGAAGGGGUCGGUGGAGGUGGUUGAGGAGAGGGUGGAGGAGGUGGGGGGGAGAUUGGGGUAUAGUGUGGAGAGAGAUUUAGGGAAGGGUGGUAGGGGUUCUGGGUUGUUGUUGAAGGGGAGGUUAGUUUUGGUAUUUGAAAUUUUGGUGGUGGCAACGGAGUUGGUGAUGGUGGUGGUGAAGGUGGUUGAGGGCGGAGGUGGGGCGGAGGUUGAGGCUGAGGGGGUUCAUUGGGAGGAGUUGAGAGUUGGGUUUGAGGAUUUAGCCAUUUCUUGGCACAAUGAUGGGAAUUGAAGGGGAUUGGAAUUAAGUUUAGUCACGUAAUCCUUCAAAUAAUCUUCACUCGGGCUUUCAAUUUUUUCAUUCAAGAAUUUUUGAGAAGUUUUAGAAGGACGGCUUCACAUUCGCGCUCAUCUACCAUUACGUGACUUAGCUUGGAAGUUGGUUUUUUUACAAUUCACUUGAUAGUUUGGGGGGAUAGAUAGUAAACUUGUACAGUUGGGAACCUUUUUGUUGUUACUCUGAUAUAGGGAACUCAAAACUGGAUUUGAUCUACCUGAGCUAGCCUUUGAUCGUGAAAAUCCUCAAAGUUGAAUAAUCUUUCUUCCUUU